AUGUCUAUGGGCCUGGAGAUCACCGGCACCUCGCUGGCGGUGCUGGGCUGGCUGGGCACCAUCGUGUGCUGCGCGCUGCCCAUGUGGCGCGUGACGGCCUUCAUCGGCAGCAGCAUUAUCACGGCGCAGAUCACCUGGGAGGGCCUGUGGAUGAACUGCGUGGUGCAGAGCACCGGCCAGAUGCAGUGCAAGAUGUACGACUCGCUGCUGGCGCUGCCGCAGGACCUGCAGGCCGCCCGCGCCCUCAUCGUCGUCGCCAUCCUGCUGGCCGUCUUCGGGCUCCUCGUGGCGCUCGUAGGUGCCCAGUGCACCAACUGCGUGCAGGACGACACGGCCAAAGCCAAGAUCACCAUCGUGGCAGGCGUGCUCUUCCUUCUGGCCGCCCUGCUCACCCUGGUGCCGGUGUCCUGGUCGGCCAACACCAUCAUCCAGGACUUCUACAAUCCACUGGUGCCUGAGGCGCAGAAGCGCGAGAUGGGUGCGGGCCUGUACGUAGGCUGGGCGGCCGCAGCGCUGCAGCUGCUGGGGGGCGCGUUGCUCUGUUGUUCGUGUCCGCCCAGCGAAAAGAAGUACGUGCCGGCCAAGAUCCUUUACUCCGCGCCACGCUCCACCGCCCAGGGAACCGGCGCGGGCACAGCCUACGACCGCAAGGACUACGUCUGAGGGGGCAGAUGCAGGAAGACCCCGUCACUACCACGAGCUGGAGCGCCCACCAGUCCAGCGUGCAGCCUUGCGUCAGAGACCAGUUCACCCCCAGAUGCCAGGCAGUCCUCUCACUGGACUGGAAGGGGCCGAGCGGCGCCCCUUUCCCUAGCUGCCACCCCUCUGUGGGCUGGGGAGCCGGACUGCAGGGGCCCAGGGACCAACUCUCAUGGACAGUGAAACCUCGCUCCCCGCUCUGGGAGAGCCCGGGGCUGGGGGUGGCCACAGAUACUUGCCUGCCCCAUACCCGACUGAAGGGCCCAAAAGCCCGCGAUGGGCAGGGACCAGCGACCAUGAAAUGGGCCACUUGCUAUUUUUCAAUAAAAGUCUUUCGUUUUGCAGUA